AGAAAAUGGUUGAAUCACGUGGAGAUUCUGCGGUCUUUCUAAGAAAACCGGAACUUAAGCUUAGGAACUACCUGCAAUGGCCGAAGCUGCCAUCAACGUGGGAGACCGCGUGGCGGUGGGCGAGACCAAGUUGUUGGGCACCGUGAAGUUCGUGGGCAAAACCGAGUUCGCCACCGGCGACUGGAUGGGGAUCGAAUUGGAUGAGAAGGCCGGGAAGAACGAUGGCCAGGUGAAGGAGAAGCGGUACUUCCAGUGCCCCGCAGAGCAUGGCAUCUUUGUGCGGCCGUCUUCGGUCACGAAGCUCGAAGCUUCGAGCACCACGCCAACGACCGCCUCCCCCACCGAGGUGUCACCUACAACAACGCCACCCUCUUCGGAGGCCGCGCUGGCGCCGGAAGCACCGGCCGCGCCGGCCGCACCGGCAGCGCCGGCCGCGCCUGCACCAGCCGCGCCGCCCCAAGGAAGCCCAGGAAGCUUAGCACCACCGAAGGAAAAGCCCAAGCGACUGACCCUUGGGGAGCGAAGCUUGGAAAAAGAGAAGGCGAGGGCUCAAUUGGAAUUGGCGCAGGCGAUGGAGGACCACGAUGUCGAGGCCUUACGCCGUAUCCUGCCGGUGGCCAACAACUUGGGCAUCAACCCCAAGGAAGUGGAUGCUGCCAAACGCAUCUUGAGCUUUGAGGUGCAACAGAGCCUGGUUGAGGAGGUGGAAAUGGUUCGCAGUACCGUGACGCAUUUGGCGGAGUCGGUGGCCAAAGUCGAGGAACAAGCUGCGCGUCAACACCCUGCAGUGGCGGGCCUUCUCCAGCGGUUGGGUCCGGAGCUAGAAAAGCGAUUGUGGUCAAGGCUUCAGCCAAGCAUCGACCGGAUCGUCACAGGUGUGCUGGACAAGGUGUCGGCCAGCUUGGAGGGACGAGCACGCAGCAUGGACCUCGCAGAGAAGGCAGAGGUGCCCGCUGCGACGACCGGAUCUCUGGGAUUGGAGGCCUACACAUUCCGCCACUUCGACUUGAAUGGCGAUGGUUUCAUCACUCAGGACGAGUUUGACGAAGUCCGAGCGAAGAUCCUAAGUGGUCAGCCUCUUCCAAAGGUGGAACCAGCUGCUGCUCUCGAAGAGCAACAAGUUGCAGCCAGCAAGAUCCAAGCCGUUUACCGUGGUCGUGCUGCACGAGAACAGUUUGGUGCGCAGCAAAAGGUGCCAAGAAAGAAGGGCGAGGCCACCGAUAGCCUCACGGGCAAGUUGCCGACAGACGCUGAGAAGGAGCUUGCAAAAGUGAUAUGCCGCUCCGUGUACAGCAAGAUCGCUCUGACUUCGCAGGAUUCCCAGGCACCCAGUAGUGACGAGAGAGAGGCUGCCCGCUACGUGGUGAACCAUGUCUUAGAGAAGGCGAUGGAAGCUCAACCGGCGAAGUGAAGAAGG